UUACAGUGGAUGCCUGGGUAAUGCAAGCAUUGGAUACGAGAUUUUAACUUGCUCAGGGUCCUGUGAGCCUUUGCCUGACUCGGAAUACCCACAUAGCCAGAGCAUGCUGGGUUCCCUGUGGCUUGUGCACAAAGAGUGCUUAUUCAGUUAAUGUGUAAGCAGGAAAUGGCUUCCUGUGCCAAGUGGUGUAUAACAACCCAGGCUUCUCAGACUGAUCAUGCUCUUCAAUUCCCCUGGACCCAGAACUUCAGAAGCCAUGUCGAAGCCCCAUAGCGAUGUUGGGACUGCCUUCAUUCAGACCCAGCAGCUGCAUGCCGCCAUGGCUGACACUUUCCUGGAGCACAUGUGCCGCCUGGACAUUGACUCGCCGCCCAUCACGGCCCGGAACACUGGCAUCAUCUGUACCAUCGGCCCUGCUUCCCGGUCUGUGGAAAUAUUGAAGGAGAUGAUUAAGUCUGGAAUGAAUGUGGCUCGUUUGAACUUCUCUCAUGGAACUCAUGAGUACCAUGCAGAGACUAUCAAGAACGUGCGCACAGCUACUGAAAGCUUUGCUUCUGAUCCCAUCCUCUACCGUCCAGUUGCUGUGGCCCUGGACACUAAAGGACCUGAGAUCCGAACUGGGCUCAUCAAGGGCAGCGGCACCGCAGAGGUGGAGCUGAAGAAAGGGGCCACUCUCAAGAUCACUCUGGAUAAUGCCUACAUGGAAAAGUGUGAUGAAAACACCCUGUGGCUGGACUACAAGAACAUUUGCAAGGUGGUGGAAGUGGGCAGCAAGAUCUACGUGGAUGAUGGACUUAUUUCUCUGAAGGUGAAGGAGAAAGGUGCUGACUUCCUAUUGACAGAGGUGGAGAAUGGUGGCUCUUUGGGCAGCAAGAAGGGUGUGAAUCUCCCUGGGGCUGCAGUGGACCUGCCUGCUGUGUCAGAAAAGGACAUCCAGGAUCUGAAGUUUGGGGUAGAGCAGGAUGUAGAUAUGGUGUUUGCGUCUUUCAUUCGCAAGGCAUCUGAUGUCCAUGAAGUCAGGAAGGUCCUGGGAGAAAAAGGAAAGAACAUCAAGAUAAUCAGCAAAAUUGAAAAUCAUGAAGGAGUUCGCAGGUUUGAUGAGAUACUGGAAGCCAGUGAUGGGAUCAUGGUGGCUCGUGGUGAUCUAGGCAUUGAGAUUCCUGCAGAGAAGGUCUUCCUUGCUCAAAAGAUGAUGAUCGGACGGUGCAACCGAGCUGGGAAGCCUGUCAUCUGUGCCACACAGAUGCUGGAGAGCAUGAUCAAGAAGCCCCGUCCCACCCGGGCUGAGGGCAGUGAUGUGGCCAAUGCAGUCCUGGAUGGAGCUGACUGCAUCAUGCUGUCUGGAGAGACAGCCAAAGGGGACUACCCCCUGGAGGCUGUCCGCAUGCAACACCUGAUAGCUCGUGAGGCUGAGGCAGCCAUGUUCCACCGCAAGCUGUUUGAAGAACUUGUGCGAGCCUCAAGUCACUCCACAGACCUCAUGGAAGCCAUGGCCAUGGGCAGCGUGGAGGCUUCUUAUAAGUGUUUAGCAGCAGCUUUGAUAGUUCUGACGGAGUCUGGCAGGUCUGCUCACCAGGUGGCCAGGUACCGCCCCCGUGCUCCCAUCAUUGCUGUGACCCGUAAUCACCAGACAGCUCGCCAGGCCCACCUGUACCGUGGCAUCUUCCCUGUGGUGUGUAAGGACCCAGUGCAGGAGGCCUGGGCUGAGGACGUGGACCUCCGGGUGAACUUGGCCAUGAAUGUUGGUAAGGCCCGAGGCUUCUUCAAGAAGGGAGACGUGGUCAUUGUGCUGACUGGGUGGCGUCCUGGCUCUGGCUUCACCAACACCAUGCGUGUAGUGCCUGUGCCCUGAUGGGCCCCAGAGCCCCUCCUCCAGCCCUUGUCCCAUCCCUUUCUCCCAACCCAUCCAUUAGGCCAGCAAUGCUUGUAGUGCUCACUUGGGGUUGUAGUGUGGCACUGGUGGACUGGGACACCAGGGAGGAAGAUUAAGGCCUCUGUAAAACAUUGCUAU